AUUUGUCGUGGUUUGUAGUCGACGCGUUUUUUGUUGGUAAGCAGAAUCGCACCAAUACCUCCAUCCAUGAAGCGCACAAAGUCAUUUGGUUCCUUCCUUACUCGGCGCGGCCGCACCGCUGCGGCCGCGGACGUAGAGGAGCCUGCAUCAAAAAAAGGCGAUACUGCGGAAGACGCAGGGGCUUCCAGCUCUUCCGCGGAGCAGCCCUUUUCCAGCGCAGCAGCAACGGAGCCUGUAACUGCAUUAAAGUCUACGAGCAAAAAAAAUUUGAAGAAAAGCAAAAGCGCAGCGGGACUUACGGGGGCCGCAUCUGGAAGCAGGAAACCAGGACGCUCAAGCUCUCUCGCGUCUUUUGCGAAAAAUGUCCUGAAAUUCCAGCCCGUGCAACAGGAGCAGUUUCUGGUCCGGGUGACGGUGACCGAUUCCUCGUUAGAACACGUGGAGAAUGUCAAGGUCUUUUCCUCCACUUCCAUGGCAAAGGAGGUUUCCGCCACCGGUGGAAAGGCGCUGCCGCACCGAAUUCGGGACACAAAUACUGCAACCUACAACGGUCUGCGUGGAUGUCUGCACAUUCCUGGUUUUGAUCCGAUUGAAUUUUCCGCAGGGUCCGGGGCGGUUUCAGGUACUGAUAGUUUUGAUUUACAUUUAAUGUGCCAUUCUUGUUCUCUUCAGUCUCGGAUAGUUGCACAGUACCAAAGGCAAUGAUGGGCCGUGAGUAUGCUUCCGCAAAAGUAGAAGCUGCGACAGCAAGGCAUAAACUUGUUUCUAAAAAAACUACGUCAGGUGGCAUGUUUUCGCGCACGCGGUCCGGUAACCAAACGGCUUUCGUCGGUGAGCCCGGCCGUACGAAGUUCACCGCGCUCGGCGCACCAUCCUGGGAUUGGCGAGAUGCGUUUUCCGAGAAACCCGAAGAGGGGCACGCUGCGGAACUCGAAAUCUUCCCCUGCUGGCGUGGCGAUUUCGCCGACAUUGCCGACGCCGCUACGAGUCCCCCCCAGCGCUUGCUUCUGGUGAAAAUCCGGAAAGCGUCUGCAACGGAGCUGAAGCGACGGCUGCAGCUGCAGGCCAUGCGCGAGGCCUGCGACGAGGGCAAUUACGACAGCUUAGUCGCGCAAAUUGCGAAGGCGCGCGUGGUAUCAAAUGCAAAAAUGUCUGGGUCUGGAAAUUUGUGAUGCUAAAAUGUGCAAGAGGAAGUCACUUCCUUAUGCAGGAAAGCAUGACAAGGUUGCAGCGCGCCUUUUCAUACGAACUCCGCAUGAGAAGCUGCGUUUUUGUAUGACAUAAGAGGCUACCACUGUUCUUGGUCAUGCAAUACAGAUUUCACAGGAAUGCAAGACCAGCAUUACAAGGUCCAACGUUCCAGACCCAGACAUUUUUGCAAUCCAUACGUGGCGGGUUGCCUGCUCGCCGACAUCGACAAGGCCGAGAUGGUAUCCUGUGCAAAAGUAUCGUACUCGUAGUAAUUGCUAUCAUGCAUGACAAAUAUCCCUUUUUGGGUAAAUCAGCAUUACAAAUUCCAUUUUUCUUCUUGAAAAAAUUUGUGAUGCAAUUUAUACUAGUACGAUACUUUUGCAAUGCAUAGAUGGUGGUGAAAAAGUUGAAAAGUGAGGGGAAGCACGUGAACGAGGGCUGCAGCCACGAGGCGUUGCGGGAGAUGAUGCAGUGGGACAAGGUGACGUCGACGAAGCCGGCGAGUCUGGUAAAGGAAGAGGUCGACCACUUGCCGGAUAACUCGGCUAACAUGGUUUUUGUCGCGAAAACGCCUAGCAUCGCCGCGGCUUCUACCACAGACGCGGCCUCCGCCUCGUGCACUGCCAGUGUCGCGGACGAGAGUUGUGCGACUACUGGUUCCGUUCUUGCCGAGGGGGAAGAAGUAGAGCCACCGGGAACCUCCAGCGCUGUGGUCGAAUCAUCCGAGUCCGUAACUGCUGCAGCAACAGAGGCGCCGGCGGACGAGGCGGAAGCAGCCGCGUGCUCCUUUACGCUGAAGAAGCUGAAGCCCGGCAGUGUCGAGGGGGCGAACCAUCCGCCGGACUACUACAACACUAUCUUGCGCGACAACACACCUUGCACUGCAAGUGCGAACUGUGCCUGCAACGUACACGAGAAUCCAGGCGAAGUUUUGGAAUUCAUUCCAAGUACAGGAUAAUUUGCUUCCGUAGGUUCUUCAUGCUGAAGAGGGUUAAGUCAUGACGUGCCUACCUGCGCUUGCUCCACUGGGGCGCGAUAGCACUCUAAUGGAUCUGUCUUGAACUCUUUUUCUGAUUUCAACAUUGAUCGACUAGUACAGUACUGAUAAAGAGUCUUGAAUACCAAAAUCGACUUUGACUUAACAUCGGAUCUAAGUACAUCAUGAUUAUGACAUCCACCAGAUGCGAUCCAAGAUUGUCUCGGGAAGUGGUACGGCAAGAACGCAGACGAGAUUCUGUUCCGGGAGCUGGUCGAGUCCGCCCUGGCGGUGGAGGAGGGUUCCGUCUGGAAGGCGGGUGGGAAACUGAUCUUUUCCGCCUUCGACCGUAACCAGAGCAUGGUGGCGCUGCAGCGGCAGCUGGAGCGGGCUGGGCGCCGGAAGUGCGCGGACAUGAUGCUGAAACUGUGCGCGUACUGCGAAAAGAAGUACGCGCCCGGGUACGUGACCGCGGUGCAGUGCAACUUUCAUCCCUCCCCAAACUCCUAUCACGACCAGCACCGCGACAUUUACAGUGGCAAACAGCGCGCCGGCCCGAACUGCACGUGCUCUUUCCGCGAGUGUGUCGGCACGGUGUGCUUUUCGCUGGGUAGCAGUCGGGUUUGCACCAUGGAGACGUUGACGGACGAAUUUUCGCACUUGCUUCCCUGUGGGGACAGUUGCGAGGGGAGGACGGAGCGCGUGUGGCUGCACAGUGGCAGUUCCAUGUACUUCAACGCGGAGUGGAACGCAAACCACAACCACGGCAUCCCCAAAAUGGACCAAGAUUGCGGGCCACGGAUCAGCAUCGCGUACCUGAUGGGAGCGAAGUAGCGGUCGGGUACUGAAAUACGAGGUGAAAAAAUGUACAAAGUUCUGAAGUAGAAGGAAAAAUGAAUAAACCAGUUUUCUCGACUAUCGAGGAGGUGGGAUGCUUGAGUUUCAGUUCCGCACGUAUUGAGAACUCAAGAAUAGACUUUUAUCAAUUUCUUAGCCACGUAUGUUUCUGUAUCUUGUUUCGCUUUCUGCGAAAGAACAGAACAGGUACUAAGCCUAAUCAAUGUAGUUUCACGACACGAAAAGUAGUACAACCAGCAGUUACUAGCAGCAGCUGCACUACGGACUGGUUUGAAAAACACUGUCAGUGUCAGAACUGGAAAUGCACAGAGGAGCUUGUAGAUUUACCUUUGCGAGAUGAUCACCAAGAGGACUGACGGUGACGGUAAAAACUUCGAUCUUGUAGAUUCACGUUGAUGCUGCUAUCAAACAU